AAAAAAAAAAAAACAAAAAAAAAAAGAGAAAUUAAACAAUGGAGUCAACUGACCGUUCAACUCAAGCAAAAGCUUUCGACGAGUCGAGAACCGGCGUGAAAGGCCUUGCGGAUUCUGGAAUCACAGAGAUUCCAGCCAUGUUCCGUGCACAUCCGGCAACUCUAACAUGCCUGAAACCACCAUCACCACCGCAGCAUCUCAUGGUCCCCACCAUCGAUCUGAAAGGAGGUAGCGUGUUCAGCAAGAAUCAACAAGACUCCAAGACACGGCAGAGGGUGGUGGAGAAGAUUGGAGACGCUGCGGAGAAGUGGGGGUUCUUCCAGGUGAUCAAUCACGGGAUCCCGGUUGAUGUGUUGGAGAGGAUGAUUGAAGGGACUCGAGGGUUUCAUGAGCAGGACCAGGAAGCCAAGACACGGUUUUACUCUCGUGAUUUCACAAGAGACUUAUAUUACGCCAGUAAUUUCGAUCUCUACACUUCCCAGGCCGCGAGCUGGAGAGAUACUUUGGGUUGUUAUAUGGCCCCGAAUCCUCCUAGAUUGGAGGACUUGCCGGUGGUUUGUGGGGAGAUCAUGAUGGAGUACUCAAAGCAAAUGAAGAAUUUAGGUGAAGUGCUCUUUGAGCUUCUAUCAGAGGCUUUGGGGUUAAACCCUCAUCACCUCAAGGACAUGGAUUGCGCCAAGUCUCAAGUGAUGUUCGGCCAAUACUACCCACCUUGCCCUCAGCCUGACCUUACUUUAGGCUUAAGCAAGCACACAGAUUUUUCGUUUAUCACCAUUCUUCUCCAGGGCAAGAUUGGAGGACUUCAAGUUCUCCAUGACCAAUACUGGAUUGAUGUUCCUCCUGUGCCUGGAGCACUUGUCAUUAACAUUGGAGAUCUUCUCCAGCUUAUAAGCAAUGACAAGUUCAUAAGCGCCGAGCAUAGGGUCAUAGCGAAUGGAUCUUCUGAACCGCGGACUUCAGUGGUAUGUUUCUUCAGCACGUUCAUGAAGGCUAAUGCUCGAGUGUAUGGGCCAAUCAAAGAGCUCCUGUCUAAUGAAAACCCUGCCAAGUACAGAGACUUCACCCUCACCGAGUUCUCAAACAUCUUCAGGUAAAAAACAAUCGAUGCUCCUGCGUUACACCAUUUCAAGAUCUGAGACGACAUUUGGGUUUCUUACCUUGCUGUCUACCACGAUUUGUGGUAAUCUAUCAAACUAUAUGCUUCUUCCUCUUCAAGUAUUUUGCGUGAAACCAUUUCUUCUUUCUCCUUUAAUUUCUUUAAAGGAUAUUUUGUAAUAUUCGAAUAAGGUACACAAUGAUCAGAAUCUACUAGCUACUUAGCUUCA